CCACCCUUCACCCGCCGCCGUGAUUUUCCUCCGUCAUUCCGAUUCGCGAUCAGUAACCUCGGCUUCAAGACAAAUCCUGUUGCGCGGCAAACGAUACACCCCUACAUGCGUGGAUCCUAGUGCGCAAGAACUCUCGACGAGUCAGGAGAACUUCAAAACCGAAAGGAAGGAACACAAAAGUUCAAGGAACUGUUGGAGAUACCGCAUCGAUGCCAGUGAGCGGGCCGGCGGCGAGGCUCUGCGUGGAGUACAUUCCAGCCACGCUGGGGUCUCGAAGGGUGACGAUACUGCCUCGAGGUACGAGGCUGGCCUAUGGCAGACAAUGCAGACGAGGUGCACAUCGGUCACAUGCCAGUGUGGGCCGUUCCCGGACACCAACCCCGACAAUCGUUCAUCCAACCCACGGCUUGAAAACCCGUGAGCCUCGUCAUGAGUAUAUGCGACGGUACGCGACAGCAGCGGCGAACAAGGUUAGGUCGGAUGUUGCGUCUGAGCUACAGGGUGGUCCUUUAAGGGAAUAUGAUUCGCGGGUGCAGCAGGGUCGCCUACGGGAUGACCCAUACCAGAGACAGAUCAUUGAGAGGCUACAAGACCUUCACGAAAGGCUGCGAAGCUACCACCCUCCGACCGUCAUCCAUCCGAAUCCCGAAACCUUGGAUCCUCAGCCGAGAACGUCGUUCCUGGGCUCUUUGUUCGGACGUGGCAAGGCGAACGAAGAGUUGACCAUCCCCAAGAGCCUCCCGAAAGGUCUAUAUAUGUACGGAGAUGUCGGGUGUGGGAAAACCAUGCUCAUGGAUUUGUUUUACGAUACCUUGCCGUCGAACAUCGUGUCCAGGUCUCGGAUCCAUUUCCACAACUUCAUGCAAGACGUACACAGGCGCAUGCAUGUGGUCAAAAUGCGGUACGGCAAUGAUUUUGAUGCGUUGCCUUUGGUAGCAGCGGCCAUUGCCGAGAAAUCGAGCGUGCUGUGUUUCGAUGAGUUCCAGUGCACGGAUGUUGCGGAUGCUAUGAUCCUGCGGAGGCUUCUGGAGUCCCUCAUGUCCCAUGGGGUCGUGCUCAUCACCACCUCCAACAGACACCCCGACGAUCUGUACAAGAACGGCAUCCAGCGGGAGUCGUUCAUCCCGUGCAUCAACCUCCUGAAGACCGCUCUGGACGUGAUCAACUUGGACUCUCCCACAGACUACCGCAAAAUCCCUCGACCGCCUUCCGGCGUCUACCACCACCCACUGGGCUUGGAUGCUGAUCAACACGCCCAGAAAUGGUUCGAGUUCCUGGGUGAUCCCAAAGAUCCCCCACACCCAGCAGUGCAGGAGGUCUGGGGCCGCAAGAUCGAGGUUCCCCUGGCCAGUGGCAGAGCCGCUCAGUUUAGCUUUCAGCAGUUGAUCGGUCGAGCGACAGGAGCUGCGGACUACCUGGAGUUGGUCCGGAACUAUGACGCCUUCAUCAUCACGGACGUCCCCGGAAUGAACUUGAAUCAGCGAGAUCUUGCGCGUCGGUUCAUUACUUUCAUUGAUGCCGUCUAUGAAAGCAGGGCCAAACUAGUCCUGACCACGGAAGUGCCUUUGACCAACCUCUUCCUCUCCGAGGCGGAAGUGAAGAGCUCUCUCCAAGGAGGCGAAGGCAGCGAUCUCUCCGACGCGAUGCGUAUGAUGAUGGACGACCUUGGCCUCUCCAUGCAAGCCCUCAAGUCCACCUCCAUCUUCAGCGGGGACGAGGAGCGCUUUGCGUUUGCUCGGGCCCUCUCGCGUCUCUCCGAGAUGGGCAGCAAGCAAUGGGUGGAGCGGGGAUUGGGGGUCGGGAUGGAUGCUGAGCAGGGGAAAAGCGAGCACGACGCAUGGAUAAAAGCGAGAAGUCAUUGGAGUGAGGAUAAUAUGUGAUGAAGGUUCCACAUUGGUCCUACGUUCCUGCCAUUUCAUCGCAAUAGACUUGGGUGUUGUAUACCAUUCGAUUUACUUUCCUUCUUUCUCUCUGUCUCCUUUGCACGUGGAAUGUACAUAUCGACGUAGAUAGAUGUGUGGCACUUUGCAAGGCCAUGAGUAUGAACAUAUUGAAGAUAUCCACGCCAUGGUAUGAAGGCACGUCAUAACGCGUUCCUCAGCAAGACGUGUGUGGCUCAUCCCGAGGGAUGCAUGUCCGUUACGACGUCCAACCAGUGGAACGGUCCCCCGGUUUUAAAAUUCGGUACGUGAUCCCCAGCCCUACUUGGUAUACAGACCGAUUCGAUCACGACGCCACUGGACGGCUAGUCAGGGCCUGACGGAGCUGCUGUAACUUUGCAAAGAGCAAGAAGAUGAAGGGGAAAUCAAGAUCCGUACGGAGGACGGCGACUGCUCAUUGA